AUGUUCAUAACAUGGCUGACGCAAGCUAGGGGUCUUGCCGACAGCUCAAGUCCACGGGGCUACCACUCUCGUACCUUUGCCAUCGACUUCGAUGUUGACUGUCGCCUCAACGUCCUCAAACUGGGCACGGAGCCAUUCAACCGCGAUCCUCAACUCUGCCAGUCGCCAGCCUGUCCGGCCACCCACUCGACGGUCUCCUCGUCGAAGGAGACCCUCGUUCUGGAUGUCUGGCCUACCGGGUCGGUGGGCUCUCAGAUUUACACACACUCCUCGUGCAGCAGAGAUUUGGACUGCGGCUUCGUGGAUGCACUCGACGCUGGCCGAAGGCUCGCGCUGGACCCAAUGCUGCAGAGCCCAAGAGAGGGACAAAAAGCGCGGGAAAACAACGAGGAACGGAAGAGAGAGGCGGACGAAGAGGAGCAGGAUGAAGUGAAUGGCGAAGCAGGAGAAAUGAAGGAAGAGAAGGAAGUCGAUGAGGAGGAGGAGGAGGAAGAAGAGGAGGAGGAGGAGGAGGAGGAGGAGGAGGAG